UCUGCAGUGGAGCCCAGCGCACCUCGAGCCCUUCUGCCACUGCAGCUCCUCGCUGUGCCCGCAGCGCGCGGGGACGGCGGCAGCAGCAGCGCAGAGUUUCCUCACGGCGCAGUGAAAAAUCGCGGUUUCCCAGCCCGAGGUCUGUGCUCCAGCUCAGCUCUGGCUUUGUUCUCGUUCAGGCUUCGUGUGUGCAGUACCGUUUGGUGGUUCGGGACGUGAACACCCUCCAGAUUCGCCAGCUGUACACUUGCCUGGAUCAGAUCCAGUACAUAGAGUGGUCGUCUGACUCCCUGUUUGUUUUAUGCGCCAUGUACAAGCGUGGGGUUGUUCAGGUCUGGUCCCUGGAGCAGCCAGACUGGCACUGUAAGAUAGACGAGGGGUCGGCAGGGUUGGUGGCUUCAUGCUGGAGUCCGGAUGGUCGUCACAUCCUCAAUACAACCGAGUUCCAUCUGCGGAUAACCGUGUGGUCCUUGUGCACGAAAUCUGUGUCUUACAUCAAAUAUCCCAAAGCUUGUCAGCAGGGGAUAGCUUUCACUAAGGACGGCCGCUAUAUGGCAGUAGCCGAAAGACGUGACUGCAAGGACUUCAUUAGCAUCUUUGUAUGCAGUGACUGGCAGCUGCUGAGGCAUUUUGAUACUGAAACACAAGAUCUGUUUGGGAUCGAGUGGGCUCCUAAUGGCUGUGUUCUGGCAGCGUGGGAUACAUGUCUGGAGUAUAAAAUAUUGCUGUACUCCCUUGAUGGCAGACUGCUGUCAACUUUUCGGGCUUAUGAAUGGUCACUAGGCAUAAAAUCAAUCGCCUGGAGUGCCAGCAGUCAAUUUUUGGCAAUUGGCAGCUAUGAUGAAAAGGUGCGUAUCUUGAACCAUGUAACUUGGAAGAAAAUCACCGAGUUUGAGCACCCAGCAACCAUUGCUAACACCAAGACGAUUGUGUAUAAAGAAGUGGAGAAAUCCCCAUCUGUUGAAACAGAGAGACUUUCUUUCCCUCCAACAAGAGCAUUGGCUAGUUCUCUCUUCAGCACACAAAGUAAAUAUGACAUUUCCCAGGUGCCAGUUUCUUUACAGUAUAUCAAACCAGUUGCUGACAGGGCAAAUCCCAAAAUGGGAAUUGGGAUGUUGGCAUUCAGUCCAGAUAACUGUUUCCUGGCAACCAAAAAUGAUAACAUUCCUAACGCUGUCUGGAUCUGGGACAUUCAAAAGCUGAAACUGUUUGUAGUCUUGGAGCAGCUGUGCACGAUCCAGUGUUUCCAGUGGGAUCCGCGACAACCUCGACUUGCUGUGUGCACAGGAAACAGCAAAGUCUACUUGUGGUCCCCAGCUGGCUGUGUGUCGGUGCAGGUUCCAGUGGAAGGUGACUUCCAGAUCGUGUCUCUCUCCUGGCAUUCUAGCGGAGACUCCGUGGUGCUUCUGAGCAAGGACAACUUUUGUGUGUGUUACUUAGAAAGAGAAGAGGUAAAAUAACAAUCAUUUGCAUUACAAAUGCUCACAAGUUUGAGGAGGAAUGGGGAAAGGGGUCAAACUCUGCCCAAGCGAAGUUUUUGUAUUUAUAAAUUAUUUAUUUGAAGGAAUGUACCCAAACUCCAUGUGUAAAGUACUGUGAUUGCAUCUGAAUUAAGUGAUGUAGCAACUAAAGGGUAGAGGAUGAAGUCUUUAUUUCAAGAAAACUUUAGUAUUGAUGUAGCUGAACUUUCUCUUGAACUGUCAACUAUGAAACCUUAUUUUCUACAAUUGUAGCUGUGUGUAUAUAAUGUAUAGCUAUUAUUUAAAUUUUAUAACUUCCAAUAAAUAUUUUGAUAGUUACAAACUUGGUAUGACUCUAACUA